UGUGCAGUGACCACUGUCCACUGCAGCUGCUCAGAUCAAACCAAAAUUGAAAGUUGGUUAAUGUAAACUCUUAGACGCCGUCCUGUUUGUCUCUGAAGCAGAAACUGCAGCUCCUUCCUUUCUUCACUUUCGCCUAUCAGCUGCCACUUUGCCAAAUAUAAACCGAGUUUCUUGGCCGAGCGACAGGCUGACAAGGGGAGGAGUCCGGCCCGGUCGGUUCAGCUCAGGACAGACUGAAGGACAAACGAGCAGACAGGAGCGUUUGUAGUGAAACCUCGAGAGAACAAACCACCUGAAACGUUUUACUCCUACAGCAGAAAGUACCUGAUUCCUUCCACACCUGCAGAUGUCGCUGUCUCCGGUUGCCAUGGCAGCGCGGCGAGCGCUCGCUGCUGCGUCACACUCGAGUCACGAGGGAGCAAAAACCUGGAAGAUCCUGACCAUCGUUGUGGCUUUCCCCGGCGUCGGCGUCUGCAUGGCCAACGCCUUCAUGAAGACGCAGGAACACUCCCAUGACCACCCGGAAUUUGUUCCGUAUUCACACCUGCGCAUCCGCACCAAGAGAUUUCCGUGGGGCGAUGGAAACCACACGCUGUUCCACAACUCUCACGCAAACGCUCUUCCUGAGGGUUACGAGGGCUCAGAUCACUGAUCGUUGUUAUUGAUUAUCUGAGCCAACCUGCACGGCCAACAAUAAAACAACUUCAUCCUGGAUUAAGCUGCUUCUGUAAUAAAACGUGCAUCAAGCAUCAGAUAUCCAUUA